CUCUCUCUCUCUGGCCCAUUUCAGUUGUCCACAGUGAGAAGAUCCGCUUUUUCUCUCCUCCGCCACCACCAUCUUUGAGAUAAAACACUGGCUUUAGGUUUUUCCCAGCAGCAGUGGCAGCAGCGGCAGCAGCAGCAGAGGCUGGUGCUGCAGUUGCGCUGGCACACAUUCAACGUGGGUGAGUGAGAGAGAGACCCCUCCGCCGCAUCUUGUGGAUUUCUUUAAGUACCAGCCCGUGUACAUGGUGCUGCCUGCUCUCCCUCUGCCACAUCAGUACCAGGAGUUGAUUUCACUUCUCGGAGAAAAAUGUGGCAUCGCACCAUAGCGACACUGCUUGUUUUUUUGUAUUUUUGGAGUGACUCGCUGGCAGGGUUUCCGAACCAAAUCAGCAUAGGUGGGCUGUUCAUGCGCUCCACAGUACAGGAGCACAGCGCCUUCAGGUUUGCUGUCCAGCUGUAUAACACCAACCAGAAUGCAACAGAGAAACCCUUCAACCUCAUUUACAAUGUUGACAACCUGGAGUCCUCCAACAGCUUCUCUGUCACACACGCCUUCUGCUCCCAGUUCUCCCGCGGAGUCUACGCCAUCCUCGGCUUCUACGACAGGAAGUCCAUGAACACAUUGACCUCCUUCUGUGGGGCGCUGCACACCUCCUUUAUUACUCCCAGCUUCCCCAUCGACGCCGACGUGCAGUUUGUCAUCCAGAUGAGACCCGGUUUGCGCGGAGCUGUUCUCAGUCUGCUGAACCAUUACAAGUGGGAGAAGUUUGUCUACCUUUACGACACUGACAGAGGUUUUGCAAUCCUCCAGGCCAUCAUGGAGUCUGCUGUUGCCAAUAACUGGCAGGUGACAGCUCGCUCUGUGGGGAACAUUGUGGAUCCCAUUGAGUACAGACGCAUCAUCGAGGAGAUGGACCGCCGGCAGGAGAAACGCUUUCUCAUUGACUGUGAGGUGGGGAGGAUCAACUCCAUACUGGAGCAGGUGGUGACCUCAGGAAAAAACGGCAGAGGAUACCAUUAUAUGCUCGCCAACCUGGGGUUCUCCAACAUGAGCCUGGACAGGGUGAUUUCUGGUGGAGCCAACAUCACAGGCUUCCAGAUCAUCAACCCAGACAGCCCCAUCGUCCAGCAGUUCCUCCAGCGCUGGGAGCGCCUGGAUGAAAGAGAAUUUCCAGAAGCCAAAAACACUCCACUGAAGUACACAUCAGCGUUGACCCACGAUGCCAUCCUCGUGAUCGCGGAGGCCUUCCGGUACCUUCGACGGCAGCGAGUGGACGUGUCCCGCAGGGGGAGCGCAGGCGACUGCCUCGCCAACCCCGCUGUGCCCUGGAGCCAAGGCAUCGACAUAGAGAGAGCCCUCAAAAUGGUCCAAGUACCAGGUAUGACAGGAAACAUCCAGUUUGACACGUUUGGCCGCCGCUCUAAUUACACCAUUGAUGUGUACGAGAUGAAGGCUGCUGGCCCCCGGAAGAUCGGCUACUGGAAUGAGUACGAAAAGUUUGUUUAUAUUAUGGAUCCGCAAGUCACCAACGAGUCCUCUUCUGUGGAAAACCGAACAAUUGUGGUCACUACUAUUAUGGAAGCUCCAUAUGUGAUGUACAAGAAAAACUAUAUGCAGAUGGAUGGGAAUGACAGAUAUGAAGGCUACUGUGUCGAUUUAGCUUCUGAAAUUGCGAAACAUGUGGGGAUAAGAUAUAAGCUGUCGGUAGUCCCAGAUGGGAAGUAUGGAGCCAGAGACCCAGAGACCAAGACGUGGAACGGGAUGGUGGGUGAACUGGUGUAUGGGAGAGCUGACAUAGCCGUGGCUCCUCUAACUAUAACCUUGGUACGGGAAGAAGUGAUAGACUUCUCAAAGCCUUUUAUGAGCUUGGGCAUCUCCAUUAUGAUUAAGAAGCCUCAAAAGUCCAAGCCUGGGGUGUUUUCCUUCCUGGACCCACUGGCCUAUGAGAUUUGGAUGUGCAUAGUUUUUGCCUAUAUCGGCGUGAGUGUGGUGCUCUUCCUGGUGAGCCGGUUCAGCCCUUACGAGUGGCAUCUGGACGAGAACGAUGAGGCCAAAGACCCUCAGAGCCCGCCAGACCCUCCAAACGACUUUGGGAUUUUUAAUAGCCUGUGGUUCUCCCUGGGUGCCUUCAUGCAGCAAGGAUGCGAUAUCUCACCAAGAUCAUUGUCUGGCCGUAUCGUGGGAGGAGUGUGGUGGUUCUUCACCCUCAUCAUCAUCUCCUCCUACACGGCUAACCUGGCUGCCUUCCUCACUGUGGAGAGGAUGGUCUCUCCCAUCGAGAGUGCAGAGGACUUGGCCAAGCAGACAGAGAUCGCCUAUGGGACGUUAGACUCAGGCUCCACUAAGGAGUUCUUUAGGCGCUCCAAAAUAGCAGUUUAUGAGAAAAUGUGGUCUUACAUGAAAUCCGCUGAACCCUCAGUGUUUGCCAAGACAACACCAGACGGGGUUGCCAGAGUACGAAAGUCGAAGGGCAAGUUCGCCUUUCUACUCGAGUCCACAAUGAACGAGUACAUAGAGCAGCGGAAACCGUGCGACACCAUGAAAGUGGGCGGCAACCUCGACUCUAAGGGCUAUGGUGUGGCAACACCUAAAGGCUCUGCAUUAGGUUACUGCCCUGAACGGUGGAUCCACCUCUGCCUCUGCUCUUCAGCUUGCAUCAUGACCACAGUGGCACCUUGUGAGAAACGAGAAGAGGCAAACUUUGACGUUACCGACUCCAGUCAUGCAUUCCUGAGUGAGCAGGACAUGGAUACUUCCUGGUUGGAUAACACAAAGUAGCUGCCUCCUCUCGCUGGCAAUAUGCUUCAAUCCCCUGGUUAGAGAGAGUAGACGAUCACCGUCUGACUGACACAUUUGUGUUUCCCUAUUUCACUUUCAGAAAAGCACGUGUGGGUAAUUCAACAAUGAGAUGGAAAUAUAUUGUAUGUAACUACCACUGAGAACCUUCACAGCAGGACAGUCGAUGACAUCAUUACCAUUAGGAAGCUGAAAUCCAUUUCAGCACAUCUAUACUAGAAAUCAAUAAUGAUAGUUUUAUUAAGUCACAUCCUGUGUGAUUUGUAUUUGACAUCACACAGGAUGUGCUUUAUAUCCUACUCUGGCCACAAGUCAGCAUUGUGCAUGGGUUGUUUUCUUUUGAAUUAUUGUGUGUGCUUGUGAGUGUUUUUAGAUGCUGUUUUCUUGUUUUGCAGACGGACUGAAGUGUGAAGUUCUAUUAGGACUUAAAUCUAAUAGGGACAAAGUUAAGUCGACAGGGGGUGGACACAAUAAAAGAAACACCUGUGCAAUGUAUCAAGUCCAACACAACAAUAAAUACUAUCUUUGUGAAGCUUAAAUGUCUCAUAAACUAUGACCCUCAAAGAUGACUGCAGAGGUAAAUAAAAAACGCUCUGACAGGGCCACGACAAAUAACUUCACAAAUGCUAGAUUUAUCAUACCUGCUGUUACAUUGCAUUGCAAUAGAUUGUGCAGGUGUCCUUGUUAUUCUGUCCACCUCCUGUACUUGAUCAGAAAAAUGCAGUCAUUAGUUAUUAACACACUUAUAACAACCAGCCUGAGAAAAAUAUGAUCAACAGACAUCUAUUUAGGGUUAAAGGUCAAAUGCACCAAAAAAUACAUUAAAUAUUCAUAGAAGUGGCAAGUUGGCUAUAGUUUCAAAAAUAAUCCGUAGUGAUAAAACAUUUGCCUCCUCUCUUCAGGAGCGUAAAGGCACUUCAGAUAAGUUUCUCUGAUCCGCUUCCUGAAGAAAAGGAUGCCAAAUACUCCAGAUCCAGAAAGGAAUGAAUCUGAUUGGUCAACUGCAUGUACAAUUAACCCCCCCAUGUACUGUAUCAUUAGUCACCAGAGAUAAUGCAGAGAUGAGAGAAAAAGUAUGUGUUUUUUUACAUUUUAAAUGAACUCCUUAUUGACUUUGGAUUUAACAAUUUCAAGAUUCAAAAGUUUUUUUGUUUUUGUUUACUGCUCAUAUAAGUGGAGUUGUGGGCGGUGGUCGAUAGGUACUUGGCUUGGGGAACCGGUUCAAGUCCCCAAAAGACCAAGUGCUACCGAGGUGUCCCUGAGCAAGGCACCGAUCCUUACACUGCUCCCCGGGCGCCGUCACAAUGGAAGCCCACUGCUCCUAACACUAGGAUGGGUCAAAUGCAGAAUGUGAAUUUCCUCUCUGUGGGACCAUUAAGGGUUUAUAUAUUUAUAUUUAAUGCAGGCCUAAAGCUCUGUGUGCAAUAGGAGUAAUUAUCAGACAAGAGUAAAACAAGGAAUAUAUGAACAUGAAGGAUAUAAAUCCAAAGACAAAAUAGUGUCAGUGUUACUGCAACUUUUUGCUACAUUUUGUAUACAUUUUAUAUUAGUAUUAUUUUUUUCUUUAAAUUUGAGCUGUUUUUUGCAUAAAAGCUCUCAGUCAGUUUAUUGUAAAAGUGAGCCAAGCCAGGUGGGAUGAAUCAGUUUGAUCUAUUAGAGUUUCCUCUCCGUGGAGUUGUAACUCAGAGGUUUGAGACAGCUCUCUUGACAGAAAAUGACUUGUCGAAUUAUUCAGCUAAACAAACCAAUGGACAAAUAAUUACAGGUUCAGGCUUCAUAGCGGCCUGAAAGGGGAACGGAUGUACAGUUUUAUAUUUCUCUGUUACUACAACUGAACAUUAAGCUCUUAAGUUCCUUUUAUUUUUCUUUAAGUUUCCAGCAGGGAUGAUGACUUUCAUUUGGCACUGUACUUUGAAUUUUGAUGUUCAAUCUUUUAUUACAUCAUGUGAUUUAGGGUAUUAUCAUCUACAUGCAAUAUAUAUAUAUAUGCUUUAGUUUUGGUAUGGAUAAAGGACAUUUGGUUUGUAUUUAGGUUUUGACGAUUAUAAAAAAUAGGGAGUAUUUGAGUGUAAGUGCUCAUCAGUGUGUUACUUAGUCCAUGGCCACCACCUGGUGGUGUGUCUGAAGUGUGUCUGAUGACAGCAGGUUAAAGGAGCCUUUUUCUUUAAGAGCUGAAUGUAAAAUGUAAGUCUAAAAUUUGUAAACGAGAGAAAAUGUAAAUCAGUUUGUCCUCUAACCCACAAUACUCUGUGACAGACAUUUUCUGGUCAGAAGCAAUGAUAAUCUUUGUGCGCCGUAGUUUUUCUAAUCUAAAACAAAGAUUAUGAAUGUAAAUUUGACACACUCAACUGCUCUUUUUUUUAAUAAUGAGGUAAACUUUAAUAGAAUUUAUUGCAAAAUUGUUGAUUUGAAGCUCCCAGAAGGAAGGAAACACCCCAUUAAAAAGCUCUAUUUGUUUGCAAUUCAUCCCAAGCUCAGAGACUACUACAAAUAAUGGUCUCACAGGUCAAUGCGUGUUCGAUCUUACUGCAUCUGCUUGAUUCAUAAAGUGUAAAGGGCUUAUAGACCAACAUUUUAUGCUCCUCUGUCAAGAAAAUGUUGAGAAGUGAAACUCAAGAGGUUGGUUCAGAUGCAUUUUAUUUUGUUGUAUUGAAAUCCAUGCAUCAAAGUUCCUAGUUUCCAAACUCAACGCAAAGAAUCUUCAUGACUUUGCCUUCCAACGAGCUCUGACUGGAGAACAGGACUGCAGUUCAUCCACUAACAUCAUGCAUGACUUCUUACUGUUGUUGUUGCCUUAUGAAUAGUCAGAAACGCAUAUUUUUAAACAAACCAAGAACACAGUGGUGAAUACAAUAUGUUUAAUGAUGUUGAAUUACAAACACUGAUCCUAUUUCUGAAAGGAAAUAGGCCCAGGAAUCUAUCAGUCAAUCAAAUUGAAACUAAUGUCUUGCAAAACAAACCAAAAGCCCACAACUAUGACUCCCCUCAUCAGAGAUUCGGCUCAGACUAUGUGUCUUUAGAGACUCUUAAAUCCAAAAUGUCCUGAUCUCAUCUGGCUGGUAGUGAUUAUCUGUGUAGGAGAUCUCUUAUAGCUGUAAAUGAAAUUUGACUGCUAUGUUUUGUCUGUUAGUCAAGAGAGGGUUCCUGUUAGAUCCACCUUGCUAAACAUUUAAAAGGCUGCCCGUAGCCAGAGAGGCUCCCUCAGGAAUGACUGCCUCUGAUUCCUUUCAUUCUGUGACAGCUAUGCAGCAGCUGCUUUAUUCUGCAACGUUAAAUCUUUCUCUUGUGAUCAGUGUGUGCCGAUUACUCAAAGCGAUAAAGGUGGGGUCUGGCAUGCUAGGGUAGUCAUGGAUUAUGAAAGGUCUUAUUUAUACAUUAACAUAUAUAUAUAUAUAUAUUUACUGUAGUGUUGCUUGCUAUCCGUGAUGUGUUGGCCAGGACCCUACUCUAUCGCUUUGCAAAGUAUUUAAGUAGUUAAAAAAGUUUAAUAACAUAAAAUAACAUAAUAAAAUGUUAUUUAUGUUAUUUCCCACGUGAAGAACUCCUGUAAACCUUGCAGUAUUGAAACUCAGUGAACAAGGCAUCUUAGACAAGCUGAAAAACAAAUGGUGGUACGAUAAGGGUGAAUGUGGAACCAAGGACUCUGGAAGUAAGGUCAGUCGCUGCAGGUCUUUUUAUACUGAUACUGAGAAAUGCAUUUUGACCUAAUUGUUCAUAUGCAAACAUCUAAAGCAUACAUUCUCCCUCACAUGCUGAUCAGAACAUCAUAUCUACAUAUAUUUGAAUGCUCGAAGAAAAGCAUGAGUAAAAACGAGAUUAACUUCACACAUAGUCUCAUGACAUUGACAUGACAUCAUUACUACUGUAUAGACUCCAGAUUAGUACAGCUUCAGCAUGAUUGCACCACACUAUUCAUGCCAUAAGAUAUUGAAAGUUGAAUCAUAGAAUUGAAACCAUUAUACUGCUAUUUCGUCGUCCAAACCUUUAUUGAAAGUUAGUUUAUCGUUCUUGUUUUUCAUUUGUAUGCAAGCUGUGUAUUUUUACUCAAUAUGACUGACUACUUGGCCAAAGAAAUCCAUAUUCUGACAAAGUCCAAACUGACCUUUAAAUACCAUCCGAGCACAAGGUGGUCCAAUAGUAUUUAACAGUCAUGUCUCAUACUCUGAGUGUCAGAAUAAGGAACAUUUAUUUUACAUCUUUACUUAAAGAAAAAUGGUUAUAUGUCAGUUAAGUUGCUGCCCUUACGGCUACCAGAUGUCCCAAAGGAUGGGAAUGCAAAUGGUAAAACUCACAUAAAUUAAUUUCAAUAUCACAGUUUGGCUUUUAAUAGCAAUAAAAUGGUUCGAUUCGCACUCCACAGCUUGCCACUUUGAUUGUACAAAUGCAGUGUGUUGAAGUUGAGCAGCUACAGUAUGAUAGUCACUCGAGGGUUUAAUUUGUAGACCUGUACGACCACGACCGCCUUCCUGUAGACUCUCGUAAAGAGACCGUAGAGCAGGAGAGAUAGAAACUGUCUAUAUUCACCUCCACAGCUCCUAGAUUUACCUCGGGAGGAGGAUUAGACUACUUUAAGUUCAUCUCACUGAUAGGCUAAAGUAGGCAUCUGUCAUGUAGAGGGUUUUGUAGACACAGGUGUUUAGUCCUAGUGCAGCAGGAAGUAACUUGUGUUUGUGUAAAUGUUUGAGUUCAGUCUCACAGUGCCAGUUCAAAAAUUCUUAACGGUGGUCUUUACACCCCCCCCCCCAGGACAAGACAAGUGCUCUAAGCCUGAGCAACGUGGCAGGAGUCUUCUAUAUUCUGGUGGGAGGGCUCGGCCUGGCUAUGACCGUGGCUUUGAUAGAGUUCUGCUAUAAGUCACGGCAAGAAACCAAAAGACUGAAGCUGGAAAAGAAUGCCCAAAACUUUAAGCCAGCCCCUCCAGCAAACACCCAGAAUUUUGCCACGUACCGUGAAGGCUACAAUGUGUACGGGACAGAGAGUGUAAAGAUC